AUGACUGAUCUUCAUCCAAUUUGUUUAAUCGAACUUAAUGAAGUAGUUUCUGCAUAUCUCCUGCAUGUAUUUGGAAACGAGAAGAUAAGUCAACUCACCAAGGUUUCCAGACGCCAGAUCCAAAGACUUGAAUCAACUGCAGGAGUAAUCCUAAGCUUUGAAGAAGGAUUAACCAAUAAGAAAGAUGUCAUUGACUCCAAGCGUGAAAGCCUUGCUGCUUUCUUACGCAAACACCCAUGGGUCGAUGUUGAUCUCCAAACUCCUUACCACGGACUCGUUGAAACCUUCACGACCUACAGACAGAUCCUUGACAGACCUGAGCAGAACCUUCUGGUCGAACGUGAUGGCACAUUAAACCCUACAGACGAGCCAAUCCAGAGAGAAGAAGCUCAAGAGUAA